ACCAGGUAAGUGACUACGCUAGCGCUAACAGAGCCAGUGACUUGCUAGCCUCGACUCGCGCUCGUGCUCAGUGUGUGCAACUGUGCGCCGUGAAUACUUUGGGAUAACUUAUGAACCUUUACUGAUCAAGACUAAUGCUAAAGUGGACGGUGCACAAAACGGCAGGCGGAGGGUCAGGCGUGGGACCCUGCUACAGCAUUCGCCGUGCCGCUGCCAAACUGUCAAAGCAUCGACCACGCCGAUCUGCAGACAAGGAGAACCAGGAGAAUGAGCACCGUCCUUCCCCAAGGAAGCGCGACAGCAUCUACAUGUGUCUGGACACUCUUCCUGCAGCACUCAGGGAUGUCAGCAACUACCAAAGUCUACCAAGGACACCGGAAAACCAGGGCAAAGUCCAGGACAGAUUGAGCGGCAGUCAGCCGAGAUCUUGCCGCAAGAAGAGUCCAUGUUCCUCGUGCUCGCCUCACCGUACGGAGGUCUUCAGGGAUAAAUCCGACAACCCUCCUUGCCUGAAGCGCAGCCGGAGCGCGAUCCGCCUUCGACAAACGCCAGCGUAUCUUCUGAACAGGAAUUGUACAGAAGUCUUCAAUGAAGAACCUUACUCGAAACAUGAAUUCUGCUCUCCAGCCCGUAAGAAACAACCAUGUACGGAUCUGCGGCAUCAGGAUAUUGAUUUGGAUUUCAACCAGACAUUUUCAGUCUUAAGUGAAAACUCUUCCACUGAUUUUGCACAAAUAGAUUACUCUCCGUGUCCACUAAAAGCUACCCAAAGUCUUGUAGCUCUCAGACAACGAAUGACUGAGACCUUUCCAUUGCUCUCUCAAGGUAUCAGUCUAGAUAAUCCGUUAUAUUACGCUCUGAACCAGUCACCUAGUCCGAGCCCUGUUGAUCUCGUAAACAAAGAGAUACCGACAACUCGCAAAAAGGAUGCUUCAGAAACACCUACCCGUACCAAGGAUUUUAUCUCCGUUUUUGCCAAACACGUUGCAACAGGUUUAAAUGAGUCUGAUGAAAUAAAGAUGAGUCCUAAGCAAGAUUCUGUAACUAGUCAGGAACAAGUACAGGAUUGUGGGAUUCCGAGAGAGAGACUAAAGACCUGUGAUGUAUCGCCGUUGGCAAGAAGGCUCGCCUGGCUAAGAUUAAAUACGGCCGAAAAGAACAGAUGUCUGAACAAAACCUCUAAUUCAAAAGAUGGAUCAGUUAUCUUUCAAUCAGAUAACGAUGUAUAUUCAGACACGUGUGGUGGCAAAGGUUUCAUGGAAAGUAAAACUUUGAAUUCAUUUGUAUCAGAUAAACUCGAGAGAAACUGUAUAGUUAAUAAUACAAAAACUACGCAACAGUUUGAUGUAAAUUAUGAUAAAAUAGAAUGUAAUAGAAAAGUAAAGCAGUUUGUUAAUAACAUUGUGAUGGACUCUAGUGUAAUCCAUAUUUUAAAUACUAAUCACGAACGACAAAAACGGAAAGGUGCUACAGAAAUAGGCUCUGUGUCAAGAUCCCACGACGAUGUAAAUAAUUUAGUCAUAAAUGAAAUUAAAAUGGAUACCGAAUGUACAGAAACGAACACGAACACUAGAAAUGAAUUGACUACUGCUUUGAAAAGACGAGGCGUCAUCUUUAACGAGCAAACGUUUCUACUGAAUACUCCCCCUACAUCCGAUUCUGAUGAGAGGCGGACGAAAACAUCUUCAUGUUGCACUUCAAUAGACUUAGAUGAACCUUCUACGUUGAAAAGGCAAAAGGUUAUAAGAAGACGGAUUCCUAGAGUAAAUAAUGACAGCUUAGCUAUGUCCAAGAGACUUCCCAGAAGACAUCCAAUUUCUUAUCUGACCUUGCCUAAAGGUCUUCCCAGUCCCUUAGAUGGCAAUGUAGAAAAUAGUUUACAAGAUACGCCAAAAAGAUCAAGAUCGGUUUCCCAUUUAGGUUUGGACAGCUCGAAAAAAGUGACAUUCGGUUCACUGUACGACAUAGAAUAUUCUGAUAGUGGAGAAAAUAAUUCACCCAGUUUUUUAGGCUUAACACUUCCGAAAGGCAUUCCCAGCCCGCCGAGUCCAGAUGAUGAAGAAAUACCGGGAGUUAGACCUUUAGAAUGUCCCAUAUCUAAUGCAGGGAAUAAAAGGAAGUGCGAGAGUGGAACGAAUGCUUCAGAGUGUUCUGAGGAGACGUGGGACUCACACGGCCAACGUUACCUCAAGACUCCCAAGUUAGCAGAGGACGCGUUCGAUGAUGUCUCUUUCGCCGAAUCCUCAAGAAUGAAAUCUCCGACGCUGUCAAAGAACAACGACGAAGAAGACAACGAUGAUGACUUUUCCAGCUUGGCCUCCAGCACUGUAACGUCAAGCAGUCCUCUGAGACAGUCCCGUUCUCGCCGGUGCUUAUCGUUCGCGUCCCCGAGCAAACGCACCAGAUCGUGGAAACGUAUUAUGGGCAGGGGAGAACUGGAAGUUUCGUUAAGCUGUGCCAACAAUCUUCUGAUUAUACAUGUGUAUCGAGGUCGCAACCUGGGCAGGCCUGGGGCAGAGCCCUGUAAUGCAUACGUGAAGGUGAGCCUCGUGGCACCCGGGACUGGGUCGGAGCGUAACUUCCACCGGACGUGUGUCCGCAAGUAUUCCAACAACCCGAGAUUCGACCACAAGUUCGUGUUACAGCUGGGAGCAGACGACUGGGACCGUAGAGUGCUCAUCUCCGCCUGGCAUCGGGACCGUAACAAGAGGAGAAGCGAGUUCCUGGGAUGCAUGUCCUUCGCAGUCAAACAUGUUUCCAAAAAGGAGAUAAGUGGAUCAUUCCGUCUUCUGUCACAGGCAUGUGGCAGGACUCAACACGUGCCUGUCACCUCUACUUGUGCUGACCAGACAGAUGCUAUGGCAAACCAGUCAGAGUCGAGUGUAGAAGAGUGUGUCAGCAUUGAAGAGUCAGACAUAGCACCAACUCCAGAUCCAGUGCCAGAUAGGAGAUUACACACCAAGAAAGAUGGAGAGAAAACAAGUAAUGAAGAUAGUAUAUUUCUCAGGCACCUAGAAUUGGAUCCUCCAGUAGAAAACAAUCCAGUGAAAGGAAAUGCACCAAGUGGAGGAGUAAGCAAAGGUGGUCGCACUCCUUUCACCACCACUAAACGUCUCACUAGACAAUCAGGAACUAGUUUUGGAUUUUCUAUAGCGUGGACACAUCCUCCAAGGAUUGAAAGAGUGGAGUCCGGACUACCUGCUGAUCAAGCUGGCUUGAGGCCUGGUGACUACGUUAUUUUUGUGGACAAAACAAACGUGGUUACUUUGCCUGAAGAGGACAUUCUUAAAUUGAUCAAAUCCUGUGGUAAUCAUCUGAUCUUGGAGGUGUACAGAAAGGUAUCAGCAAAUGGCACAAUCGGGCGGAGCUCACUGCUUAGUGCAAUCGGCUUGCCACAUACCACCGCUCGCUCCUCCACUGCCUGUUCUGGAGCCACCACCGCCACCGCCUCUAUCGAACUCACCAAGAGAAGGUUACACCUGCCUCAAGUUACUUUUACUAGUGAGGGUAGUCCUGAAAAUGUGGUGGAGGGUCGUCGCCAAGCUGUCUAUCAACUGCUACACAAUGAGCAGCAGUAUGUUCUGUGCCUUCAGUUUGGUAUUGCAAGGUUCCUGCUGCCACUCUCUGAAAGAAGAGAUGUUAUUUCUCCACAAGAUCAUAGUGUGCUUUUCCAAAAUGCUCAAGAGUUACUUAGACUCACAGAAGAUGUUUUAGAGAUGAUGAUUCAAGAGGAGGGAGACCGUUUUGGAUCAUCAGUAGGGAGAAUAUUUCUAAGAAAGAUGUCUGCCAUUAUUAGUGGAUAUCGUCGUUACUGCUCAGGGCUUAAAAAAGCUGACUGUUUAUUGGUAGAAAAAACUCGAAAUUCAGCAUUUAUGAGAAUAAUAACGGAGCCUCCAGUACCUCGCAGAAGACCUGAUCUCACAACGUUUGUACAUAAACCCCUUGAACACUUCCGAGAUCUUUUGAAGCUCCUACAGACAAUACAAAACAAUACACCUCCAAAAGACGAUGACUAUCCUGCCAUCUCACGAGUUGUGCAAGAGUUUCAGACAGCAUACAGAGAUAUAACAGUAGAGUCUGGUCUGAUGGAACCUGAGGUAGAGGGCCGUCCAUUACUUUCAUUACAAGACCUGGAGAGCAGAUUGGUGUUUACAAGAUGCAAGCCUUUUGUGUUGAGUUCACCUGGGAGACAGUGGAUAUUCGGUGGAGACCUGAGCAGAGUUGAAGGUCGAUCAGUGCGCUCUUUCUGGGCAUUGUUGUUCACUGACCUUCUGCUCUUCGCCAAGGUCAGCAGGGACAGAGUACUGUUUGUAACAGAAGAGCCUCUCUCACUGCUCACUGUUAGCCAGGCACUUUUUUCUAUACGGAAAAAAGCUACUGAGUUCAGGUUGAUGGUCAGUUCUACACCAGGAGGUACAGACAGUCCAGCCACUGGGGUCACCUGUGGACACUUGCCAGACUUACCUCUGUCCAGGACACCUCGGAAGGGGCCAAGAAGAAGAACUGUGGCCCUCAGAGCUCCCACUCCUGAGUUGAAAGCAGUUUGGCAGAACCUGAUACAGAGGCAAAUAAUCUACCUGAACACCGGGCGAGGAGGGACGCCGGCCAGCAGUCCCCUUGACUCUCCUGAUCCUCUGACUGCUGACUCUGUGGCGACCCUGGACUCUCUGUGUCUCAGACGCCAGGUGGAGCCUCAGUCUCAUUCGGGGCUUGACGAGCUGAUCGAGCAUCGAUGUCGGCAGCUGGGCAAGUCUGGCUCUAACAAAGGCAGUGCACUACAUCUGGCCCAGUGGAUGAAGGGUCAGCUGGGGGCCGGCCCUACUGGUCCACUCACACCGGAAACAGAGCCUGAACCUGAAGUAUGGUCUCCUGCCACACUGCGUCGCCGCCGAGAUCAGCUAGGCAGCAGUACUGGCUUCAGCAACCGUUUCUGUCCUCGCAACAUCAGCCGCUGUGAGGAACUUGAAGUGUCAGAUCAUGAACGCAGUACUUCCCGCUGCACAGAACACAGUACAUCCGACAGUCAGAACACUGUGAAGUCAACUUCUGGAAACUCGGAACGGCCAUUAGCAGUCUGCCGUCAGUGCCAUAAAACGUGCCUUGUCAGUAGCAAUAACAUUAAUUUGGAGGCAACUGACCAGACAGAUGUUAAUGCCAAUCCACCUGUGAAUGAGUUUUCUUCCCUUGAUGACUCAAGUUGGGGACCUUUGACCUUCUUGUCGUCAAUGUUGAGUCCCACAGAUCCCUUUAACCCUGUGCCACAUAUAUCAGUUCUUCCACCCAGCCCUCCAACCUCACCCCCCGACAAUAAUAACUUCUGGGAGGAUGCCGAACUUAGUUCUGCUAAGGACACCACAACUUUGACACCAAAACAGGAAGAGAAGAAAGGAGGAGGAAGUAGAGAGGAGGUGGAGGAUGAGAGUGAUGGUGAGGCAGAAGAGGUGGAGGAGCCACCGUACAGGUCUUUGUCCCCGUGUGGACUUCGCCGCUACGGCACGCUCAGCAGCCUGGAGCGACUGGACCCUGAUGACUCUGACGGGGAUGACACGGGCAAAGAGCAAGAUGAUCUUCCUGCAGAUGGAGUGGUGGGGGGCCAGCUGGAGUCUGUCAGCCAGUCAUUGCGGGGGUGGACCAUUAGAGCAGGACAUUUUGUUGCCGAAAAAAUGGCACUGUUUGAAAGGCUUGGAGAAGAUUCACGUGCUACUUCCUUCUUUGAUAGAUAUCUUAGAAGUUUGCCAGAACAGGAAGUGUUCUCUGGUGAGCUAGCAGCCACUUCUACGUCACUGGCGGGAGAAGAUGAGUGUGAGACAUCAGGAGGUACUUCAGGCGAGGACAUCUGGGGCACUCCCACCAGCGGUGACUCGGAACUCACAUCUCCAACACUCGAGCAAUGCCCUGAUUGCCCGAACAUUGGCACAGCAGCAGACGAUGCCAGGGAACAGCUGAUGAUGGACGAGUUGUUGGGCAGUGUUACCCUCAUCACUCCAUUGCCACCAACCACCAGAACAGGGUUUCCACAGAGGAGGCGCUUGGAGCCUCUCCCGGAAGAUGAGGAAGACACAACUGAAAGUUCUACUUCGCCUGAUGUUAGUGAAUGCACCAAAAGCUACAGUACUGACCAGGGCAACCGGUCUGACAGUUGUGUGACUCGUGCACGCUCUACUGCCAGCCCAUCCAACCAUGGUUUCUUCACUCGUCUCAGAUUACGUCGUAGUCACUCAGCUGAGUCUAGGAGUAAUAAAAGUAGUAAAAUACUACAGUUUCUACGUAGCACAAAAAGUGAAGACAACACACCUAGUACAUCAUCUGGUGGGCGUCUCAUGCGACUAUUUAGUAGGGAUUCUACAGAUGAUAUACCUACAUCUAUUCCUGCACCACUAUUACCACUAGUGCCACCUAAACAGCAUGACAAAACUCUAGAGAGGCGGUUUUGGAAACAGUUAAGAAGAAGAAGAACAACACAUACAGACAGUGUCUCACCAAAGUCAUCUUCAAUCCCAGCCUCAUAGCAAAAAUAGAAUUUAUUCAACCACAAUGUGUUUCAAUUAGUUAGAAUUAAAUCAUUUGAAACUAAGUCAAUCUGAUAUUUUUAAUAUAUGAUUACAGUUUUACUUUACUUUUCCUGAAGAUGUAAAAUGAUCAGAUAAAGUAAAACCAGGUUUGUAGGUAAAAUACCUUUAGUGCUAACUCAACCAUAUUAUUCUCAUGCUAUACUAUAGCAUUAUUAUGGUAACUAUUGGUGGAAGGAGUAAAUUGCAUUGCAAGCCAACAAAUAUAUUUUUCUCUUAAUAUCCAAAAAAGGAAAGUAGCAUUUGGUGGUUUUUGAUGGACUAAGACAUUUUAAAUAUAAAACCAAACAUGUGCCAUCAGUUUCAAAAGCACAACAUGGAAAUACCACAUUUUACACCAACCAUCAAUGGCACGGACCGUGAUUGAUAUUUAAAUUAGAGAGUGAAUUGUGCACAAUAUUGUCCUUUAUUGAACAAGUAAUAAGUAAUAUUUUAUAUCAAACACAACAUUUAUUAAAUAUUUGUACUAGAUUUUACAUUAGUGUAUGAAAUACACUCCAGUGUUAAAACUUUCUUUGUACAAGUAAACAACUAAAGUUUGUUAUUUUUAUAGUGAUUAGGUGGGUGUUCAAUGAAUUUGUGUAUGUCUUGUGGGGAAGAAAGAUAAAACACUGAUAAAAAGGAAGAGGCCUGUAAGUCAUAUGUUAUUUGAUUAUCUUUGUUAGCUUCAUAUAAGAUGAGGCCAUUUCUGUCCCUCCUAACAAAGUCAACGUGGGUUUAAUCUUCUUCCAGGUCUAGUCCGAACAAGGUCAGAAUGAUGUCCCACAAAAAUGUUUUAUAUUAAGCCUUCAAGAACUGAAUUAUGAUUACUAUGCAUGCAUAAUUGAAAGUGGUAGGGGUUAAAACGUUUUUUCAUAAUUUUAUGAUAUAGUAUGCAACAGAAUAACCUACAAUUUGCAACCUUGAUUGCUCUGGAUGAAAUUAUUUCAGAAGUUUAUACCUGUCAUAUGUUUGUUACUCUUAGGCAUAUUCCCACAACCUAUAUCCCGUUCAGACAAUGAUUUGUUCAGCCAAACUAUAAACAUUAUUGGAAAAGUCAGGAUCGGCUGGUUUAGGAACCAUUCUAAACACUUACUUUCAAAAAUGAGUCUGAAAAUAAACAGAUAUGUAUGUGGACACACAAGCAUUCAGAAUGAGCUGCCAACUGACAAAAUAAUGGAACUGAAUGGGUGGAACAGGUGGUGUGAGGCUGGGGCAAGGCGGUGGAUAAGAAGGCUACAGAGGAGAUUGCGGGAGGACUAAAUAUACUGAACUUGAAGGGAAAAAUUGAGUGAAUCACAAAAGCACACAAACAACCAAACAAGUAAGACUUUACUCAAUAUCACAUAACAGAAUUACACACUACAUGACAGGAUUAUCCGUCACUUCGCAAAUACAAUGUGUGUAUACAUACUCACCACUCGUUAGGAGAAAGUAAUUUGUGUAAAUUCCCGUCAUAUGCUCUUGAACGGUAAAGAGAAAGAGUACAUCCACUUAAAAAUAUAGCAGAGCAGAUGUAUAAAUCCUGAAUAAUCCAUUUCUGGAAUAAUCCUUCGAGUAUCAUUUCUGCUGUUCUCAGAAUUAAACAUUUUGAGAGAAGUACACCCUUGAAUGUCAUUUUUAUUUCAAGUAUGAAUAAUCAAACUUGGAGGUACUGGACUUGUCUUGAUUCCUAUUGUCUUACAUUUGCAUAAUGUUCUAGAUAAAUUUGCAAAAAUUGUCAUUGAAAUGUAACAUAAUUGUGGUACACAAAGUUAUACAUUUGGGGUAGUUAAAGGUUCUGGUAUAACAUCUUCAACCAGCAGAUAUAAUUUCAUAUUCAGAUUCUUUAACUAUAAACUUAGUAUUCAAUGCUCGCACAUUUUUAAACACAAAAUUACUAAUUAACUUUUCUACUUAAUUAUUCAUUCAUAAUAUGGCUAAAAAUACCAACCAUCACAGUAUAAUAAUCAAAAAGAAAGAAAAAUCUUAUAUUUCAUAAUAUAAACAUAAAUUCAAAAGUAAUUUUAACUUUCUUAACCCUUUUAUUGGCAAUGUCCAAUUUUCUAACAUUAAACCAUGUACAGUACCACUGACCGAAAAUCGGAAGUCAACAUAAUUUUUUAAAUCAACAUUUUCAAUGCUUUAACUAAAAAUGUUGGAAAUUAAAACGCUUUAUGACUUUCCAAAGAUUAUGAGCUUAUCAGAUGCAGUGAGUCCUAAAUAUAUAGUUCUACAGCAGGGUACGGAUAUUUUUUACAGCAUUUUAAACAGAAAAUAUGUGUAGCAACAAAAUAUUAAAAAAACGUUAUACUGUACAAUCAAAGAAAUGAAUUAAAACACUAAACACAAGCAAAGUUAAUGGACUUGUUCAUUGUACCGAAGUAUGUACUUGCAAAUGCAAUAGCAUUUAUGCAGAUUCACCCUAAUUAAAGAAAGGUGCAAAUUCUUUGUAGAUGGUCUUAGAGAAAUUACGUUUCCUGGAAUGAAUCAGUUCAACACUUUUGUGGCAAAGUAAUAAUAAUACCACUUGAGACAAAUGGCUUAGAGAUUUAUCUAAGUUUCUUUGACUGAAGGCAUGUUACUGUUGAGACUAGGAUCUGAGAAAGCAGGAGGGCACAGGAAAGACUAAGCACAGGAGACCAAUGUAAACCAGAGCCUCAAUAUAUCAGAGGCUCUAGGACAAAAGGAAUAUAUAAUCCCAAUACAGAGCCUAGGUCAAUAUAAUCAGAUAGUAAGAGCUAAGAUAAUCAGAGAGUUAAAGAGCUAAGAGACAGCUGUAAUAACCGUUUUGUAUGUAUGUAUGAGUGUUUGUUUUUGUGCUUGUUUGGAACAGUUUGCUAGUUAUUAGUAGUAGUGAUUUGAUAGGAGUGUAAAAUAUGCCUUGGAAUCUUUCAGAUGAUGAAAUAGUGAAACUUUAUUUUGAGGCAAAUAUAUAAUUAAAGAUUCAUAUUUCUUCAUCAUCAUCAAUAUUACCCAUAGUCACAGUGGAAACAAAACAAAAAUAGCUAGUGUGAAACAAUUAUUCACACUUCACUAUCACCACAACUUUGAUACCUGUUUCCUUCUUGUGUUGAUCAAUAACUAUGUUGGAUUGAUAGUACAGAUUGGAAUCUAGAUUGGUUUGGAAAGAAUAAAAAUCACACUUCCUUUAGUUUAUAUUUUUAAAUUGUUAGGCACAUGGAUAUUGGUAUAAAAAAGGUAUGGAUAUAGAAUAAUAAAACAUAAAACUUAAUUCAUAAAUUAAAGACAUAUCUAAUUAAGGUUAUUUUUUGUUGUUUAAGAUGAAAACUGACUUUUCUUUAGAGAAAUUCUGGCUAUGUCCCUGCCCAAACAUAUAAUAAUAAUAAUAAUUUAUCUAAUUAUAAUAGUAAUAUUUAUCUAAGUGUUUAUUUUUUAUUAUAAUAGAACUAAUUUCAUCAAUACAACUUUUAUAUAAAUGGUAGGCCCUAAUGCAUUAUAUUUUUAAUAAUUUUAAUUUAUUUGACAUAGAUUAAUAAUGUUGUUGACUGAAUUUGUAAAGUACCAUUACUUGGUCUUAUUUGAAAAUACAGGGAAGCAAUUUACUGCAAAUAUUAGUAAAUAUGUUGCAUACAAGCAUUUGCAUGUAUUCUCUACAGUUAUUAUACAAACUUCUUCUGUUGCACAGAAUAAAAAUGAAAAGCAAAAUGAGCAUUCUGCCUAUAAUUUACUACUAUAAAUCUAUAACUCACUCAAGGCCUAUUUUAAUAAGCUUUCCUAACACUUGUAAAAUUGUACCUGGUUAAAGAUGACUUUGGAGAAGGCAAUUAUUGUUAAUGUCCUCUCUCUAUUGUUGAUACUAAUUGUAUUUUAUGUACAAAGCCUUAAUCCUGUUAUUGACUAUUGUGUUGGUAUGUAAAUAAAUUGAAAUAAAUUUAGUUGAAUAGAUA